CUCUCGCGGUGUCAAUCUCGCCCGGUAAACCCUCCCCCGAGAUAUGAAAUAGGCCGUGUGGCUGCUCGGAUCCAGCACUAUUUGCCCAGACGGCUCUUCCGCUCCUUUCAAAAAAAACGGUGAAGUGCGUCUCUGCUGCGGUGCGUUGCGCGCAGGCUUGGAGAGAGAUGACAAGAGCCCCGCGGAACUGGCCAGACAAACAUGGAUCUCUGUAAAACGCUGGUUUCGGUGCUUUGGAUAUUAUUGCUGAACAUAGAAGGAGCCUGUCACGCCGAGGAAGUGGUGCUGCUGAAUUCUAAAGAGACUCAGGCAGAGCUGGGCUGGACCUCGUAUCCCCCCAAUGGAUGGGAGGAGAUAAGUGGAGUAGAUGAGAAGUACAAGCCCAUCAGGACGUACCAGGUGUGCAACGUCAUGGAGCCGAUGCAGCAGAACAACUGGCUGCAGACGGGCUGGGUGGCGCGGCGGGGCGGCCAGCGCAUUUUUGUGGAGCUCCAGUUCACGCUGCGCGACUGCAACAGCAUACCCGGCGUGGCGGGCACCUGCAAGGAGACCUUCAACCUCCUCUACGUGGAGACGGACAGGGACCUCGGGGGCGUGACCCGAGAAGACCGCUACACUAAGAUAGACACUAUAGCCGCCGACGAGAGCUUCACGCAGGGCGACCUCGGCGAGAGGAAGAUGAAGCUGAACACCGAGGUGCGCGAGAUAGGCCACCUCAACCGCAAGGGCUUCCACCUGGCGUUCCAGGACGUCGGCGCGUGCGUGGCGCUCGUUGCCGUGCGAGUGUACUACAAACGCUGCCUGGCAACCGUUCAAAACCUGGCGGUGUUCCCCGACACGGUGGCCGAGGCGGCCUUCGCCACGCUGGUGGAGGUGCGGGGCAACUGCGUCAACAACUCUGAGGUCGACACAGACAGUCCUCCCAGGAUGCAUUGCAGCGCCGAAGGGGAGUGGCUGGUGCCCAUUGGGAAGUGCAGCUGCAGCGCCGGCUACGAGGAAGGACACAGCAGCUGUGAAGCGUGUCCCACUGGUUCCUAUAAGAUGUCCUCCAGGCAGCAGGAGUGUUUCCCCUGCCCAGCCAACAGUGUUGCAGAGGAGGAAGGAUCUGUAGUGUGUGUGUGUGAGGAGGACCACUUUAGGACUCCCCUGGACACACCCUCAGCGCCAUGCACAAGGCCACCCUCCCCGCCUAAAGACCUGGUCUACACCCUCAAGCAGUCCACCCUGAUCUUGGAGUGGGCCGCACCAUCCGACACAGGGGGCAGAGCCGAUCUGACCUACAGUGUGGGGUGCCGUAGGUGCGUCGCGAGGCAGUGCGAGCCAUGCGGGGCCAGUGUUGGUUUUGUUCCCCAGCAGGUCGGCUUGACGGAAAGAACAGUGACUGUGGUCAAUCUUCUUCCCAACACAAACUACACAUUUACUGUCGAAGCCUUGAAUGGAGUGUCAGAGCUGCUGCCCAACAAGAGGUUCUACACCCAGGUCAACGUGUCAACAAGCCUGCCUGCUCCCUCUCUGAUCAGCGAGCUGCGAGCGGAGAAGAUCGAGCAGAAGAGCCUAACCUUGGUGUGGAGGGAGCCGUCCCACCCGAACAGCAGCCGCACCGAAUACGAGGUCAAAUACUACGAGAAGGAACAAAAGGAUCAGAGUUAUUCUACUGUGAAGACCGCCGCGACGCGCAUCAGCGUCAACAACCUCAAAGCCGGCACCACAUACGUCUUCCUCAUCCGCCCUUUCUCCACGCCGGCGCCUUCCUCGCCCCUGUCCUCCUCCCCUCUCUCGUCCUCCUCCUCUGCCUCCGCCUCGUCCUCCUCUACCUCUUCUUCCUCUUCUUCUUCGUCCUCCUCCUCUUCCUCUCCGCCGCCUAUCGACUACGGAGCGUACAGCGCUCCCCUGGAGCUGCAGACUCUUGGCGAGUUGGCCCUGGCGUCCAGCGAGCAGAGCCCGGUGGUGAUCAUCGUGGUCGUGUCUGUGGCCGCCCUGAUAAUGCUGCUCUCUAUGGGGGUUGGACUGCUCAUCUGGAGGAGCGUCUGCUCGAGCUCCUCCAAUGUUACUCCUGCUAGCGUGGUGCUGCUCUCGACCUCCUUCUCCACUCUUCCUCCUCCUCCUCCUCUCCUCUCUCCUCUUCCUCCCUUCACACAGCUGAUGCCCAGACAAUGCGGCUACAGCAAAGCUUCUCAGGAGGGAGACGAGGAACUUUACUUCCAGUUCAAGAUCCCAACGAGGAGGACUUACAUCGACCCAGAGACUUGUGAGGAUCUGAUGCAGGCUGUGCAUGCCUUCGCCAAGGAGCUGGACAACUCCAGCAUCAAGAUCGAGAGGAUUGUGCACACAGGUGACUUUGGGGAGGUGUGCCGCGGCUGCCUCAAGCUGCCCAGUAAGCGAGAGCUGCCGGUGGCCAUAAAGACGUUAAGGGCCGGGUGCUCGGACAAACAGCGGCGCUCUUUCCUCAGCGAGGCGGGCAUCCUGGGGCAGUUCGACCACUCCAACAUCAUCCGGCUGGAGGGCGUCAUCACCACGGGUAACACCAUGAUGAUCAUAGAGGAGAGCAUGUCGAACGGAUCCUUAGAUUCCUUCCUUAGGAAACACGAGGGCCAGCUGAGUGUGAUGCAGCUGAUGGAUAUGCUGACCGGCGUGGCAUCGGGGAUGAAGUACCUCACAGAAAUGGGCUUCGUUCACAAACGGCUGGCUGCACACAAGGUUCUGGUUAACGCCAACCUGGGCUGCAAGGUGUCUGGCUUCAGACCUCUACAGGAGGACAAGAUCGAGGCAAUCUACACCACGCUGCACGGAGGGAAGAGCGUGGUGCUGUGGAGCGCUCCGGAGGCCAUCCAGUACCACCGCUUCUCCUCCGCCUCCGACGUCUGGAGCUUCGGCAUUGUCAUGUGGGAGGUCAUGUCCUACGGAGAGAGACCCUACUGGGAUAUGGGCAACCAGGAUGUGAUUAAGGCCAUUGAGGACGGUUUCAGGCUGCCGGCUCCGGUAAACUGCCCUCCACAUCUCCACCAGCUGAUGCUGGACUGCUGGCAGAAGGAGAGGACAGAGAGGCCCACCUUCAGUCAGAUCCACUCAGCCCUCAGUAAGAGCAUUCGCUCCCCUGAUGGCAUCGGUUCCUCCACACUUGCACGCAGAACCCUGAGUUCAUCCAUCACGCUCGCAGAGAGGCCCCUCCCCUCCUUCCCGUCUUUUAACUCAGUGGGAGAGUGGCUGGACGCGGUGGACAUGGGCCGUUACAAGGACAACUUCACAGCGGCGGGAUACUGCUAUUUAGAGUCUGUGGCGCGGAUGACUGUCCAAGACGUUCUGAGCCUCGGCAUCACUUCCCUCGAGCACCAGAAGCUGAUACUGGCCGCCAUCCAGACGCUCAGAGCCCAGGUCAUCCAGAUGCACGGCCGCGGUGUGCAGGUCUGACAAACAGUUGACGCACCUCGUCUUAAAAACUGCUGCUGCUGCUGCAGACCUACACAUGGACGGAGGGGACGGAGGAGAGGAGACGGGGAUCUUCCAAACCGAAGCAAAGACGAGCAGAUCUACCUGCUGUCGACGCUGCUCUAUCUACUCCUCCUUCCCAUACGCCUUCCUUGAUUCCUUCCUUCCUUUUUUAUAUUACGUAACCCCCUCAGAGACAAGCGGUGUUCUUGUCUCGAUUGUGGGGACUGCAGAGGAGUGGUGUCAUGACUUUUGUUGUGGCCUCUUUCUGGAUCAGCGUGUAAAGCUGUCUGAAGCUGACCUCAGAGAUGCUGGAAAGGCGCGGACCUUCUAACGCUGCAAACACACCAAGUAAUGGACAAGUUACAGCUUGAAGAAACAUUCAUAUUUUGGGUGGAAAUUUCCCUUUACCAUGACAUGAAUUCACUAAAAACAAUAUCUAAUUAAAAAGGCAGAAACUCUUCACUGGCCUUUUGAGGAAAUAAGUCUCUCCACAGAACCUUAAGAGCUGAUUUUAAUGUCAAACAUGAACUGAUUUAGUACGAGGGGCACUUAAUCAUAUCAUAGCACGAGCGAGCUGAUCUCAAAUCAGACGUCUGAAGAACUUUUCAGAAGCUCAAUCAUGGUGAGAGUGGUAGUGAACAGUAAAAGAGGAAGACUGCGCUGUCCCAUGACCGGGAAGAGUUGGAUUAGGCCUCAAAGACAGGCUGCACCAACAUGGCUAGCAAACAUCUAUCUAGUCCUUUAUAACAUUUAAAAAGUGGGAUGAGUUAUGAGUGAUGAUAUGCCGAACUUUCAGGAACAUCAGCCUGUUAGUUUCUUUUCCUUAGCGGUUGAACGGAAGCUGCAGGAAUCAACUGCACAGCAAAAGUUUGAAAAUUAGUGUUUGUUCAUUUCUUCUAUGUUUUAUAAUUCUUUGUCAUAUUUUCUUUAAUUUAUCUGUCUUCAUUUGUGUUUAAAGCAUCUAACCCUCCCCCCUCUCAGCCUGCUGUAAGUCACCUCAGUAACAUAUCCCCCCCUUUCUCAACCAUGUUGAAAUACAGGCUCACUCUGACGAACGGCCUGAUUCAGAUAUUUACCCAUAUUUAUUUAUGUCUACAGAUUGUUAUGCAAAACGUCUCCAGAAAAAGAGGUAAUAAAGGUUUAUUUAUUCAGCUAAAUACUCAAAAGAAAAACGUCAGCAAAGCAGUUUGAAUCUUCUUGUUUUGAUGAUUUUAUUAAGUUAAAGAGGUCAUAUUAUGCCCUUUUUGGGGUUCGUAUAUUUAAUCUAUGUACCUACUAAAGUAUGUUCACAAUAGCUAAAGUUCUAAAAAAGUGUCUGUUUUCAUGUCCUGCUGCUCCAUGCACCGGCUCUCUUCUGACUCUCUCUCUAAGGCUCUGAAGUGCCCACGUUCAGAGUCCCCAUGUGCGCCAAGUCUGAUCUGAUUGGACGGCCUGUGGGCUCUGCCGUAAUUGGUCAGUCGCUCAGCACGGUUCUCGGAAAUGUCCCGCCCCUUUUACCAUAUUGGGAAUGCAGCCACUUUGGCUCCGAGGGCCGAGCAUAAACAUUAGCACCUUAGCACCACUGUGCUACCGCAGGCUACGGCAUAUCGUGGACGUGCUACAGAAGUUAACGGGCGUGCAACAUGAGCUGCUGGGCUUGCCACAACGAGCCAAUGGGCUUAGAUCAGUGAUCUCACACUGACAAGACGUCACACUGGCAAAUUUUUAUCGAGGGGGGCUAGAACCGAGCGUUACAUUCAGCUAAUGCUACAGCUAACAGGAGGACGUAGGAGAAGCUGCGUUUCCACGGAAUUUUUGCAAAUAGAUGUGCCUAAACAUGCACAGGACACUUGGAAAACACACUGAAGAGCAUAUAAAACCAGAAAAAGCAGAAUAUGACCACUUUAAUACAUGAAGACGUUUUUUUUUUGUGAACAGGAAGUAGUGCAAGGAAAGCUGGAGGCUCUGACAGUCAGCACACAGUAUCUGUGUAUUCCUUUACACUGGUUUUAGUGCAGUUUAUUUAGGUUCAUUAUCAUUAGAUUAGCUGUAAACAUCACAGUGUGUGUGUGUGUGUGUGUGUGUGUGUGUGUUGCAGACUGGAUCGAGAAUGUCACAUCGAUGUAUUUAAUUUGCAGCUGUUUUGAUUGUAUUUAAAUUUAUGUUGCUGUUAUUAUCAUGCUUUGUGGUUGCACUUUUUUUACCCUCAGAAUUCUCUCCUGUACAGUGACUCUCCUCCCCUCGCUUUUGGGGAAGACGUUCAUCGGGGAAAUAUUCGAUCAUAACACACACUGAAAGAUACGAUGUUGCAGUGGAAAAAAAAUGUGUGUACCUGGUUUGUAUUUGGUAAAAAAAAAAUUAAAGUUUUUGUUCUUUUUCUCAGUAAAUGUUCCGUCAAUUUAAAUGUCCUCAUCAACGUCCUCACACAUUGCUGAAGAAACACACAGGUGGUCCCUUUGACGCACACACAUAAGAAUACAGACAGACACACACACACACACACACACACACACACACACACGACAAACUGGACCUCGUCACUACAAUGAACAGAACUGAAGUUGUCCCCCUUCUUGACUCCCCCCUUCUCUGUUACUGUGCCCAUUAUGAUACAUGUUGAAUACUGUACAUAUGUAUUUGAAAAUGCCAAAUCUAUUUUUAUAAUUUGUUUGAAGAACAAUGUGUUGAAUAUAAUAUCUGCUCACUGUGUAAGGGGUUCUCUCUUUGUUUUGGAUUUAGGGCCUUAGCCUCUCUGUUGUUUGGAAUAUAAAACUGAAAAAAAAAGGUUCUUUUUGUUAGUUUUUUGAUGAUUUUUACCUGUUAGAAGAAAAUCUGAUGGCUGUUGCAAUAUUGAAAAAGUGUUAUUAAAAAAGCUCGGAUACAA